GUGACGAGUAGGCGGGGUCUGUGAGGGCGGGCCCGGGCGCCAGGGUGGAGAGGGGCGGCGCCCGACGCCCGGCCGAUGGUCACCUCAGCUCCCGGAGAUGCGGGAGGUGCAGUCGUCCGAGGUCCAGAGGCAUCCAUCUAAAUAUAAAUCUCUGAGCAGCCAAAAGAGGUUCGGCGUCGCGUGUGGAAUCCAACGUCGUCUCUGCUGAGAGGCACCCGUUUCAAUAAUGUGCGGCGUUCAUUCACUGGAGGACAGACCAGACUUGCUAAUCACAAAUCAGAUCAUGAGAGAGUGGAUGGACAGGUUCGUUCACUCAUCUUUGGACUAAGAUGACGAUGGUUGGUUGGAAGAAGUGAUUAUGACUCAGCGCGAGCUCAGACAAGGAAGAUCACAUUAUUUCUUCCGGAAAGCUCUUUAAAACAAGUCGGACGACUGACUUUCCUGAAUGUGUGUGUUUCAAUAUUCAUGGUACAUGGAACCUUGGAUGCAGUUUGAAAAUUGAGCCAAUAUGUCGAAAGUAUGGAUUCCACACAUGACAAACUCCCCUUCACUCAUCGUAAUGGUGGGGCUCCCUGCCAGAGGCAAGACCUACAUCUCGAAGAAACUCACCCGUUACUUCAACUGGAUUGGGGUGCCUACUAAAGCAUUUAACGUGGGUCAGUAUCGGCGGGAUGUACUGAAGACGUAUAAAUCUUUUGAGUUUUUCCUCCCUGAUAACAAGGAGGGUUUGCUGAUCCGAAGACAGUGUGCAUCAAGAGCACUGAGCGAUGUGAAGAGAUACCUGGACACGGAAGGUGGCCAGGUUGCGGUCUUCGAUGCCACAAACACUACGCGUGAACGAAGAGAAAUAAUCAUCAACUUUGCAGAGCAGAACGGGUACAAGGUGUUCUUUGUGGAAUCAGUGUGUGAAGAUCCCGAGGUCAUUGAGACAAACAUCGUGCAAGUAAAGUUGGGGAGCCCAGACUACAGCGACUGCAACAACGAUGAAGCAAUAGCUGAUUUCCUGAAAAGGAUAGAGUGUUAUCAGAACACGUACGAGUCAUUGGAUGAAGUGUCUGAUAAGGAUCUUUCUUUUAUUAAAAUCAUGGAUGUCGGAAGGCGCUACCUUGUCAACCAUGUACUGGAUCACAUCCAGAGCAAAAUUGUCUACUACCUCAUGAACAUCCACAUAACUCCGCGCUCAAUCUACCUCUGUCGUCAUGGCGAAAGUGAUCUGAACCUGAUGGGCAGGAUCGGUGGCGACUCGGGCCUGUCCACUCGGGGCAAGCAGUUUGCCAAAUCCUUGGGGAAUUUCAUCCAGGAUCAGAAUAUAAAGGAUCUGAAGGUGUGGACGAGCCAGAUGAAGCGGACGAUACAGACUGCUGAGGCGCUGCACGUGCCUUACGAGCAGUGGAAAGCGGUGAACGAAAUUGAUGCGGGGGUGUGUGAGGAGAUGAUGUACGAGGAGAUUCAGCAGAACUACCCGGCGGAGUUUGCGCUGAGAGACCAGGACAAGUACAGAUACCGGUACCCAAAGGGUGAGUCCUACGAAGAUCUGGUUCAGCGACUGGAGCCGGUGAUCAUGGAGCUGGAGAGACAGGAGAACGUUUUGGUCAUCUGUCACCAAGCCGUCAUGCGUUGUUUGCUGGCCUAUUUCCUCGAUAAAACAGCAGAGGAGCUCCCGUACCUGAAGUGCCCCCUCCACACUGUCUUAAAGUUAACGCCAGUGGCUUAUGGGUGUAAAGUCGAAUCCAUUUUCCUCAACAUUGAGGCUGUCAAUACACACCGGGAGAGGCCGGAGAAUGUGGAUGUUUCAAGACCUCCUGAGGAAGCCCUUGUAACCGUCCCAGCGCACCAGUGACACUAGCUACACCUCCUGUGGCCACUGCAUCCUAACCAGCAGCUCCCACGCCGGCGAACCUCACCACUCAACCUGCUCUUAUUUCAAAUCCAAAAUCAAUCCUGCAAAUGAAAGUUUUUACUUCUGGCUGUUUUACGAACCGUUUAUAAAUAGACGCUGUGGUGCAUUGGAGUCUUCAGAUCCUGCAACAAAACUAACUGAAGAACUCUGUCCGAAACGUUGCAGCCUCACUAAGUGAGAUUUCCGACACACCUGGGCCUCGCUAUCAGACUUGUGCUUUCUCGCACUGCCUUUAAAGCAGUCACGGUGAGAGCAGCUCAUCGGGUGAAAGUGAGCCAGCAAUCAUGGAAAUAAUACAACUGUUUACAUUUAUCAAUCUAUUUUGUUUGGGAGUUUAAGAUGUCAGGAUUAAUUAUCCCUGAUGUAGCUAAACUACUUUCUUGGUAGGGAUCUGUAUAACUCAAUCUUGGGAAAUGUAAUGUUUUGAUGUAAAGUAAUUUAUGUGAACUAACAGGAGUCUUACUCUGGGAGUAGUAACGGUACAUGGUUCUUACGGAGCGAAUGUAACCAGGGCAGGUCUGCCCUUAAUUCUGGUAAAAUACAGUCUUAAUUGGCCAGGGCCUUCAGAGUUCCCGGCUCGUUGUAAAGGGCUGCUCAGCAUUAAAUGGCAGUAGGAAUGUUUUUCUUCCAAAUGCAACGAUUAACUUGUAAAAUUGAUCUUACUGUGUUUCAACCAACAGUAUUAUUGUCACACUGUGAUGUUAUUUUCAUUGUUAAGAGUUGUGGCUGUUUAAAUGCCUUUUAAAGCCAUGCUGUGGUUGAAAAAUGUUUCAUUCAGAAGCACUCAGCUCCGUUUGUUUCUCUGGCCUCAAAUGUAAUUUUAAUUAAAAUUUGUAAUAUUUAAA